AUGGAGGGUGAGACAGCCAUGUCGGCACUGGAAGUCAUCUGCAGCCUGACUGGCUGGCUCUGCCUCUAUGUGUUGUUCUGCUGUACCUUCACCCAGCGGGGGCCUGAGUGGAGCUGUCGCCUGGUCACUUUGUCCCACGGUGUCCUCAUAGUGCUACUGACAGCAUACGUUGUUUUCAUAGAUGGACCGUGGCCCCUCACACAUGCAGGUGCAGAAAACACUGAACUCCAGAUCUUCACCCUGGCCAUCUGCCUUGGCUACUUCUUCUUUGAUAUUGGCUGGUGCGUCUGCUACCGUACAGAGGGCCCCAUCAUGCUGGCCCACCACGCUGCAAGCAUCCUGGGCAUCCUGCUUGUGCUGCUCAUGGGCGUGUCAGGCUGUGAGACCUGUGGAGUUAUCUUUGGCAGUGAGAUCACCAACCCCCUGCUGCAAACCCGCUGGUUCCUUCGUCAGCUGGGCCUGUAUGACAGCCUGCUAGGUGACGCAGUGGACCUGCUCUUUAUUUUGUUGUUCACUACUGUACGCAUGGGACUUGGAAUGGUGAUGUUUUACUGUGAGCUCAUGUCUCCCAGGACUCCAGUGAUAAUGAAGCUUGGUGGUGUGGUUAUGUAUGGACUAGCCUGGGUGUUCAUGGUGGACAUAGCCAGGUUUGGCUAUAAGAAAACCAGGGCUAAGUAUGAGAGGUGGAUAGAGAACCACAAGCACAAAGACAUCGACACACAAAACCUGGAUGGACAUUCAGACAAGACAUUACUUGCAACCAGGUCACAGAAAGUGUCCUGGAUAAAGAUGAUCAGACACUAA